UUUAGCCAUGCCGGAGCCGGCUAAAUCCGCUCCAGCCCCAAAGAAGGGCUCCAAGAAAGCAGUAGCCAAGGCCCAAAAGAAAGAUGGCAAGAAGCGAAAGCGCAGCCGCAAAGAGAGCUAUUCCAUCUACGUGUACAAGGUGCUAAAGCAGGUCCAUCCCGACACCGGCAUCUCGUCCAAGGCCAUGGGUAUCAUGAACUCGUUCGUCAACGACAUCUUCGAGCGCAUUGCGGGUGAGGCUUCUCGCCUGGCGCAUUACAACAAGCGCUCUACCAUCACCUCCAGGGAGAUCCAAACCGCCGUGCGCUUGCUGUUGCCUGGGGAGCUGGCCAAGCAUGCUGUGUCGGAGGGCACCAAGGCCGUCACCAAGUAUACCAGCUCCAAGUGAGCUUGCUCACAGUCUCAAUCCAACGGCUCUUUUCAGAGCCACCUACAGUUUCACACAAGUAGCUGAUGCAUUUUGCCUGUGGUUUAGUUUCUUUGGGAAGGGCUAGGAGCUUUUUUGGGAGGCGA